CUUCACCUCUCUCUUUCUUACACUCCUCUUCUUCUCUGACCUCCCCCUCCCCCCUUUACGCCCUUUGGAAGAGUGAUUCACAUUCGCCAUGGCUCUCCAGAUCUACGACUUCGUGGCAUUCUUCUUCACCAUUAUGCUCGACAUCUUCUUCAGAGAGAUUCGACCACGGGGCGCACACAAGAUCCCCAAAAAGGGACCCGUGAUCUUUGUCGCCGCUCCCCAUGCCAACCAAUUCGUGGACCCUCUCGUGCUAAUGCGAGAGUGUGGCAGGAGGGUCUCGUUUCUUGCCGCCAAAAAGUCCAUGGAUCGCCCUUGGAUAGGAGCCUUCGCCCGGUCAAUGAAUGCCAUUCCUGUCGAACGCCCACAGGACCUUGCAAAGGUCGGAUCUGGAAUCAUCAAACUGAUGAAUCGAGUUGGGGAUCCUCUUCGCAUCACUGGAAUCGGAUCUAAAUUCACAAAGGAGCUCAUGGUGAACGACAUUAUCCAAUUGCCCAAGGAUGUCGGUUCCGCGAUUGUGGCAGAAAUCAUUUCGGACACGGAGUUGAUUGUUAAGAAAGAAUUCAAAGAGCUCAAGGCAUUGGAGCUGCUAUCGAGGGCGGAGGGUACAGCCUACAAGUGUCUGCCGCACAUGGAUCAGACCAAUGUCUACAAGACUGUGUUUGAGCGACUGAAUGCAGGACACUGUGUAGGUAUCUUCCCUGAAGGAGGAUCCCAUGACCGCGCCGAAAUGUUGCCGUUGAAAGCUGGUGUCACGAUCAUGGCUCUGGGAGCGUUGGCCGCCAAUCCAAAUUUGGAUCUCAAGAUCGUUUGCUGUGGUCUCAAUUACUUCCAUCCACAUCGGUUCCGAUCCCGCGCUGUCGUCGAGUUUGGCGAACCGUUGACAGUUGCCCCGGAGUUAGUCGAGAUGUACAAGAAAGGAGGCGCCGAUAAGCGUGGGGCUUGUGGCAAACUCUUGGAUAUCAUCUACGAGGCCCUUCGAGGCGUCACCCUCAACGCACCGGAUUAUGAGACAUUGAUGGUUAUCCAAGCUGCUCGCCGUUUAUACAAGCCCACUCAUCGUAAGCUUCAGAUCUCCCAGGUCGUGGAGCUAAAUCGCCGUUUUGUCGCCGGAUAUAUGCACUUCAAGGACAAUCCAAAGGUCAUCGAGGCCAAGAAUAAAGUCAUGCAUUACAACACGCAGCUGCGUUAUCACGGACUACGGGAUCAUCAGGUCAACAUUCGCACGACGAGAAGACAUGCUAUCGGAUUGCUCGUCUCAAGACUGAUUCAAAUGAUUUUCCUGACCUGUCUCGCGCUCCCAGGGACGCUUAUGAACCUCCCGGUUGCCGUCGUUGCUCGAAUCAUAAGUAACAAGAAGGCGAAAGAGGCAUUGGCUGCUUCAACAGUCAAGAUCGCAGGACGAGAUGUUCUGGCUACAUGGAAGCUGCUUGUUGCGCUCGGAUUGAUGCCGGUCCUCUACUUUUCAUACUCUGUUCUAGUCUUUGUCUACUGCGGCCAGUUCGAUCUCUCUCUCAAGGCACGUCUGUUGAUCGCCUGGGCAGCUUGGGCUCUUAUUCCAUUUGUAACAUAUGCCAGCAUUCGAUUCGGUGAACAGGGUCUGGACAUUAUGAAAUCCAUCCGGCCUCUUUUUCUCUCGAUCAUUCCUGGCGAGCAGGAUACCAUGGACGACCUCCGCAAAGCACGCGCAGAGCUGCAAAAGACCAUCACGGAUUUGAUCAACGAGCUGGCGCCAGAGAUCUACCCCGAUUUCGAUUCCACGCGCAUCAUUGAUCCAUCACCUAACGACCGACCAAGCCGCUCGGCUUCGGGCACCAAUCUUGCUCAGACCAUCUUUAGCACUGCAGCACAGCCAUUAGCGCAGUGGUUGGGCAAGGACGGUCGAUUUGAAUGGGAGCGUGCAGAGGACUCGGAUGCAGACGACGUGUUUUUCUUCCUCAAUCCAGCAGCAGCAAUUCGUGGGCGCUCUAGGGCAUCUUCAUGGGAAGGACUCAAUUCGCCUUCGGGAAAUGGUACUGUGGGCGAAGGUUCGCGGUCGAGGAACCGCAGUAGGACAAGUAGUUUCACCUCAGGUCAGAUCCAGCUGGGGGAGGGCUUCAAACUGGAAGCAUUAACAGAGCUGCCGAGAGACAAGCCCUUUGCAGAGGUGACCCGUCGACUGAGUGUUAGCCGGAAACAAAGGCUUGGACUAGAGGGCAUGACUCGGUCGGACACUGACGAAAAUGAGAGCAACACAACUUAUAAGAGCUCUUUAGCACCAUGAUAUAUAGUUUUGACCCCAUACAUUGUUCCCACGACCGAAAUAAAGCCUUUUGGUCUGUGCCUAUUUUGGAAAGCAGUACAAAGAUCUCUGAUGCCUGUCGCUGUCCACAAUGAGCAUUUGGAGAUAUCCGGAUCGGGCAAUGGUACCAAGCCGUGAUUCCUUUCGAGAUCUUAGUAAUCUUCAUCAAGUUGUGAAGUGUGGU